CGUGAAAGCGAUAAGGCCUGCACUUUUCGUUUUCCAGCGCGUCUCUCCCAGUUAUUGCUUAGAUCUUACUCUGGGUCAGGCGAUGAUGUGCUCGUAAAACGCACAUUCAGUACGUUUCGAACACUCGUAAUAGUUGCAGCGAAAAAUGAAUUUUGUGGAAGAGAUAAUCCGCCUUUUUGAUCGAUCACUGAUUAUCAGUUGCUGGAAGUAUAUUUUUCCUGUGCUGGUGGUGGCUUAUCUAAUAAUUUUCUUGUACGAUAAACAUCUUUAUGGAGGUAAAAAGGUGAAAGAAGCCGCGCCCAGUGAAAAAUUGGACGGAAUAGAAUAUGUGGGAGAAAUCGACUCUGAAGGGUUCGACCCAACACCGGUUCUUGAGGAAAAAGAACAUGUCCCAUUCGCCGGAGCCACGGUCUUUUUGGACAACGAUCCUCAUAAGGCAGCCUUUCGUUUCUAUAAAAUCGUCAACAACCGACGCAGCGUGCGUCAGUUCAGCUCACGCCCUGUAGAUAUUUCCAUCGUAGAAAAAUGUGUACACGCAGCCGGUACCAGUCCAAGUGGUGCCCACACCGAACCAUGGACCUUCUGUCUGGUCUCCGACACCGAAAUUAAAGCAAAGAUUCGCGAAAUCGUCGAAGCAGAAGAGCUGAUCAACUAUCAGCAGCGCAUGUCCAAGCAAUGGACCACUGAUUUGAAGCCUCUGAAGACGAACCAUGUUAAGGAAUAUCUCACCGAAGCACCCUGUUUAAUUCUGAUCUUCAAGCAGACAUACGGACUUAAGGUAGAUGGUAGCAAAAAGCAGCAUUAUUACAACGAAAUUUCCACAUCGAUCGCGACUGGAAUACUACUUUGUGCGCUGCAGGCAGCCGGUCUGAAUUCGCUUGUAACCACUCCGCUAAAUUGUGGCCCCGCUCUAAGGCAUCUUUUGGGCAGACCGGUGAAUGAGAAAUUACUGGUACUGCUUCCGGUAGGUUAUGCAGCCAAAGAUUGCACCGUGCCGGAUUUGCAACGAAAGCCAGUUGAGGAUAUUUUGGUGAAAUAUUGACAAUUGUAUUAGUUAUUCUUAGAAGAAACAUUUAUAGAUUAUGAAAUAAAUAUGAUUACAUUAGAUAGAAACAAAUAA